AAGACGAUCUAGAAAGGCUAUUUAAGAACUUAAAACAAGUCAUAACAUUUACUUGUGGUUUUUUAAAUAAUUCAAAGAAAGCGUGCUUGGUACGAGCGCGGGACAUAUUGAAUAUUGAAGAAAGCCCAGAAAUGUAGACGAUUCUUCUUCUUCAGUCUCGGCCCCGUUUUCAUCCAUCCGCAUUGGUGCUCAACUUUCUAUAUUAUCUUCUACAGGCUUAGGCGUGUACAAUGAUUUGGCUUGCUUGGGAUGGAUGCAAAGAAGCUCUAAAAGUAUUUCAAAUUUGAAAUAUCUUCAUAUAGGAAUGAAUCAUUAUCCUUUGCAGCAAAAACAGUGGUGGGAGAAGAUAUUGUUUGAUUUAUACCACAAUACUAAAAUUGUUUGUAUCUAAUUUAUGUUCAAGAGAUCAUCUUGUCCAACAAAGGAGGCUUGGAACUCAAUAGAGAAUGAACAAUAAGUUGCAGUUGCUAAAGAUUUUGUCUUAAUCAUUCCAAAUUCUAGUCCUCAUCACCAAUUUUAAGUGGUACACUUUCAAGAGGGAAGCGGGUGUUAGUAAUGGCUCCAGAGAGUUCGUCCUUAUUAGCAAAUUCAUCGCACAAGAGGAUAAAUGAUCAGGAAAGGGCUCGCAUAACAGCAAAUUUCAGGGCUGCAAAAGCUCUUCUUGAACGUAAGCGACCUCCUCAACCUGCUACUAACCUUGCGUAUUAUCAGACUCCUCAUAAAAAGCUCAGUGCAAGUCCUACUUUGGAAACAACACAGAGACGUUCAACCAGUUCAUCCGACUUCAGAAAUACAAAUACAACUAAGCUUUGUGAUUCUUAUGAUCUCAAUAAGCCUCCAAGAGUUCCUCUUGCAGAAAUACAAGUGAAUACAAUGAUUUCAGGACAGUUUUGCAAAUCUGAUGCUGUAGAGUUUCCAAAUGUUGAAUAUAUGACUUUAAGCAAACAAACACAUAAUUCUGCAGCAAUUUCAAGUGUUUCAGAAGUGAACAAAAAUCACAAAACUUUUCCCUCAGAUAUUAAAUCAGAGUUCUCAGAAAGAGAAAAUUUAAUUUGGAUGCAAAGUUCUAUCAGUAAAAACUUUACAUUUUCUUCUGAAUCAUCUUGUGAAUCAGCUAGUUUGGAGAACUCAAUUUCUUUCUUGGAUGCUCUUGAUGAAGAAUUUGAUGAUGCUAUAUUUGAAGAAAUUGACGUUCUUUGCAAAAACAGAUCAAUGUUAAAGCAAGAAGUUGUGUCAGUCAGCCCCCCUGACAUAUCCAGAGAAAGUGAUGCUACCAUGCCCUCUGUGAGACUUGAUGCUGCAUCUGCUAGUUUUACUAAUUCAUUGAGUUUAGAUGGACCCAUAGCUGAUCGUAAAGAUAAACUUAUUUCAAUGAAGGCUUGUCUUGCAGAAGUAAAUUUUGAUAAUUCAAGUUCGGCAGAAAUAUCUUCAAAUUCUUCUUCACCUUUUGUGCCAUCACAUGCAGAGAAUGCAAUAUCCGCUGGUGUUAAAAUUGAGUGCAAAGAAACACAUGAAUCACAGCUGGAAAUGCUAAAGUUGCUUGUGGAUACAAGCAUUGAAACUGGAUACGCUUGUGAAGCCAGUAAUUCUAAUGAAGUACAGGAAAAUUCCUUGAUUGCUCUGAAUGAAACAUGUCAACUUACGUCAGUCCAUGGAUCAAGUACAUCAACGGAUUCACCAAAUAAAUCAAGUAGUUCAGCUGUUUCAUGUGUAACUGCUUCACAAACCUUGCCUACAUAUUUGCAGUCUUUGAAUGACACACAAAGAGAGGCUGCUACAAGUGACAUUUCAAAACCUUUGAUGAUAUUGGCAGGGCCAGGAAGUGGAAAGACCUCAACAAUGGUCGCACGGCUGCUCACAUUGUUAAAAGAGAAUGUGCAUCCGACAAAUAUACUUGCGAUGACUUUCACAAGUGCAGCUGCAAGUGAGAUGAGGGAGCGAGUUGGGACAAUAGUGGGAAAAUCAAUUGCAAAGGAGCUUUCUAUCUGCACAUUCCAUUCUUUUUGCUUGCAACUCUGCCGUUUGCAUGCUGAAAAGCUUGGACGUACAUCUGAUUUCCUGAUAUAUGGUCACAGCCAACAAAGAAAUGCAGUUAUUGAGGCUGUCCGAUUAUUUACAAUUGAGGAUCAAACAAACCAAGUUACAGAGAGUAUUAACCAAGGAAUGUGCAUUGAUGUGAAAAGAAAUCUAGAAUCAAUGAAACACAAGUCAAAAAAGUGGCAACAAUUUGUUACCCAGGCCAAAGCUGCUGGUAGAAAUCCCGAAGACUAUGAGAGGAUGGGUGACAAAACUGGGGCUUCUAUUCUCAGACAUUACAAUGCUACAUUGACAGCUUGUAAUGCUCUAGAUUACCAUGAUUUCAUCAGUGGUGCAGUGAAACUUCUUACUAAUCACAAAGAAGUAUUGGAGGAAUGUCAUAAAUCAUGGACAGCCAUUUUGGUGGAUGAGUUUCAGGAUACAAGCAGCAUGCAGUACUGUUUCUUGAAGUUGCUUUCUUCCCAUAAUCACAUUACUGUUGUUGGAGAUGAUGACCAGUCAAUUUUCAGCUUCAAUGGAGCUGAUAUAUCUGGAUUUGAUUCUUUUCGCAAAGACUUUCCUUGUCUCAAGGAGGUCAGACUGCAUCAGAAUUAUCGUUCCACACGCUGUAUUGUUGAGGCUGCAUCCUCUCUUAUUGAGAACAAUGUGAAACGCUGCUCGUCCAAACAUGUAUUUACGGAUAAUGUUUCUGGUGACAAGAUCAUGAUAAAGGAGUGCCGAACUGAGGAUGCACAAUGUGCAUUUGUUGUUGAUAAGAUAUUGAUGGAAACUUCAGGGAACACUAGAAAUGAACAUUGUUUUGACAAUAUUGCUAUCCUAUACCGUCGGCAGGUUUCAGGAAAGCUGUUCCAGUCAUGUUUUCGUACUCGUAAGAUUCCGUUCAAUGUACAUGGAGUAGCUUUUUAUCGGAAAAAGGUAAUCAAAGCUGUUAUUGCUAUGCUCCAAACUGCUUUUCAUACAUUUGGAGAUGCUCCAUAUCGCCGUGUCUUCAAAGCAUUAUACCCAGGAGCUAAGGAAGAUCAAAAGAGAGCUGUUGACUACGUGGAGAAAGUUGCAAAGAGUACUAAAUGUGGAUUUUUUGCAGCUGCUCAUGAUAUCUUUACUGCAAAGGUUUCUGGCAUGUUUAACAGACGACAACUUGCUCAAGGUCGUAGAGUGCUUUUUAUUAUUCAGACUAUUCAAAAACUUGUACACAAGGAAAAAUCUUUGUCAGCAGUUGUAACAUCAGCAGUUAAUUUUAUACCUCAGAAAUUUCAAUUUGAGAAACGAGCUAUUGUGGAUGAAGAUGGUGGAAAAUUAUUGAACGAAGAUGAGGAUCCAAGAUCGGUUCUUGAUUAUCUACUAGAUGAUGUUUCUGAUUUCUUGUCCAAUCAUUUUAACUCCUUGGAGAAAGAUGGGGAGGAGGAAACAAAAAAAGCUGAUCAAGAAGGCUGCAUGAAAGUCCUCAAAAACUUUCUUGAUUAUUUGUCUACAAGGGAAAUGGACAACUUUAAACAGCGAAGGAAACACAAUCAAAAUUCUGUAACUUUGACAACGAUGCAUCAGUCAAAAGGCUUGGAAUGGGACACGGUGUUCAUUGUGAAGGCUAAUGAUUCAGAGAUACCCUUGCUACAUGAAUCGAUGGGCUCAGUAAAGAAUGGAGCAACCUCUCUUGAGGAGGAGAGGCGAUUGUUCUAUGUGGCAAUGACUCGUGCUCGGAAAAAGCUAUACAUUUUAUAUGUUGUUGUAGACUCAAAUUGGCAGUUGCUUCAGCCCUCUAGAUUCUUGAAAGAACUACCUCUCCAUCUUGUUGAUAUUGAGGCCGAAUCAGCAAAUUCAAGGACAAUUUCAGAGUCAUGCCAGCUAGCGGGAAAAUCCAAUGAUGAUGAAAGUUUGAACAGACAAGAAUUUAAAGCUCGGAAAGAUGAUCUAGCUUCAAACAGAGCUGUCAAAAUUGAGAAUAAUAUUUAUAAUCAGUGUUUAUCGUCCAAUAUAGAUGAAGAAAAAGAUUCAAAACUUAUUUUAUUAAAUGAAGAAUUCAAUGCAGGAAAUGGAUUUCUAAAAGGCUUUAAUUUUGAGGCGAGGUCUACUGUGGCAGCAUUAUUCCAUACAUGGGCUAAGAAGCGGGCAUUUCAUGAUCCAAAGAGAUUGCUUGACAAGGUUGGAUUUGUGAUAGAUGAAAGAAUACGGAGUAAGACUUCAAAGAAUAAGGAUGUUUUGCGAGCUCUUAAGUGCUGCUUGAAAGAUAACGAAGCCUUUUCUUAUGCUGAACAUGUAUUGAGAUGGGAGAAGAUGCAUCCAGAUGAGAAGUAUCUGCUACAAGCAGAACGCCAGGAGCAUUUUCAAAAACAGGGCUGUGAACGAAUCAUGGAUUCAACUGCUGCAACCCCUAAGCAGAUAUCAUAUCUUCAAAAACUUGGGUGUUCGAUCACCCCAACUUCUCGUCUGCAUGCAUCUCGUUUAAUCGAACAAUACAAAUCGCUUUAAAACUCCAGUGCAGAACCGCAGAAACAGAGUUGGAACGAAAAGCAGUUCUCUUCUUAACUGUUGUACCAAAUCAAUUAUUUUCGUCGGCUGUAAAAUUUGUACAAAUAAGGACCUUGAAGGCUUCUUAAAAGUGGUGAAUGUUUAGAAGAAGUUAUUGUUACAAGCUGAAUUCUCCAUAUGCCUGAAAGCAAUUAAUUAUUAAUGAAAUUUGUUAUAAAUAAAUUAGUUGUUUGUUUGAAGAUAUUUCUAGAGAUUAAGUAGAGAGAGUCUAGAAUCUCAUUAUUUGUCGUUGAUGGAGACCAUCAUUGAUAAAUUUGUUAUAUUAGAUGCCUUCAUUGCUGAAUGCAUGAUUAUAAGUAAAAUUCUAAGUUUUUAUUAAGAAUAUCUUUAUCUAUGAUAAAAGAA